AUGCACCGCCAGACGGAAGACUACACUCUCCCUCAGCAGCAGCAGCAGCAGCAGCAGCAGCAGCAACAGCAACAGCAACAGCAGCAGCAGCAGCUGCUGCAGCUGCAGCAGCAAUACUCUGCAUGGCCAGCCCCCCCGGCCCCCUCUCUCCCCCGCACUGUCUCUCGUACUUCUGUCUCCGCAUACACCCCAUUCCUUCAUUCUGCUUCAGCUCCUGCAUACCCAGGUUCACCAACAAGGGGCCCCCAGGGGGGGACCCAGGAGUCUCCUGGGGGCCCCCCUCGGGGGCCCCCUGGGGGCCCCUUUGAACCGGCUUGGGGGCCCCUUGGGGGCCCCCUUGGGGGCCCCCUUGGGGGCCCCCAUGGGGGCCCCCACGCAUCUAGCUGGGGGCCCCAAGUGGUACCCUCUUCAGCUGAUGAGAGAGACAGUUACUAUAGAAGCAGAUCGAGGGGUGAGGGGGGCCCCCCUGGUGGGAGGGGCCCCCCGGGGGCCCCCUUUGAGGGUUCUACUGUGAGGCGUAGCCAUACAACUCAACCCCACCAUGAAUAUGAUGUAUUCUCUGAGCAGCAGCAGCAGCAGCAGCAGCAGCAGCAGCAGCAGCAGCAGCAGCAGCAGCAGAGUGAGCAGCAGAGAUGCCAGGUGUGGUUCAAGCCGAAUGAGGGUGGAGACGCCGCUCCUUCUGCUGCUUCAGCAGCAGCAGCAGCAGCACCAGCAGCAGCAGCAGCAACAGCAGCAGCAGCAGCAGCAGAAGCAGCAGAAGCAAGAAGAAAGAUAGAAAGAAGAGAAGAAGCAGCUGUCCCCGCGCUGCUGCACUACAGCAGCUUGUCUGCUGACGAAGCAGCAAGGCCUGAGCUAUACGGAGACCUACAGGUGCCGAUAACAUAUGAUAAUCCUAUAAACGCUAAAUUGCGUUUAACAGCUCUGAGAAGAGGAGUCAAGGAUUGGGGUAUAGACUGCGACAACAAGUAA